AUGACUGAUUCCAAGAAGGCGUCAUCUGAAAGUCAAAGGACCGAUCAAGAUGUAAGCGAGGAGAAUAGCGAGGAAGGAGAUGAUGAAGAAGUGGAGGAGGAUGAAGAGGCGGCAAAUGUCGAGGAGAAGGAGAAGGGAAAUGAAACGGAAUUGAAACAAUUGUUGUCGCAGGCCAUCCUGGAACUAAUCGAUGAGAUCGGAGAGGUGGAUACCAACAUUGCGAGAGAUGCGAGGGAUCACAUACACAGCGGGGAAAUCAUACUCACCAUUGGCAAUUCCGCAACAACCGAAUCAUUCCUCAAAGCUGCCAAAGAUCGGCAUUUUACCGUCAUAGUAGCCGAAGGGGCACCCAGCAUGUCGGGACAUGCGCUAGCCCGAUCCCUCUCCACCUCUCCCAACCUAAGCGUACUGCUGGUUCCAGACUCCAACGUGCACGCGCUCAUGCCGCGCAUUUCCAAGAUCAUCCUCUCUCCUCACGCAAUUUUGCCCAAUGGAGCGCUGUUGUGCGCACCAGGUUCUUCGCUGGUUUGCAGUAUCGCGAGAGAGAGAAGGGUGCCCAUCGUAGCAUUGGCAGGUCUACAUCGACUCUCUGCAAAUUGGGAUGUGGUAGGAUUGGCAGGAGCGAGAGCAAUGGCGACGCAAGAUCUAAUCUUACCUAGGGAAUUUUCGAGGCUCAAAGAAGAGGCUGGAUUGAACUUUAAAGCAUUGGACUAUGUCAAUCUGCCCGAUCUCAUCAUCACAAACACUGGCGAACAUCCUCCUGCCUUUGUCUAUCGUCUCAUCAAGGAGAAUUAUAGAGUCGACGUUUGA